AACAAACUUCAGAAGGAGAAGAAACACAGGGCCCAGGGCACCCUCUCCGGCGGACCCAGGCAGUGAGGGCCUGUGGCCAGCCGGCCAGGGUAGCGGCUUGGCGCCCGGCGCGGCAGGGACCUACAUAAGGAAGCCCCGAGUAUUCCGCAGGCUGCAAGCGACUCCCCAGCGAUGCCUCACAACUCCAUCAGAUCGGGCCAUGGAGGGCUAAACCAGCUGGGAGGGGCCUUUGUGAAUGGCAGACCCCUGCCAGAAGUGGUUCGCCAACGAAUAGUAGACCUGGCCCACCAGGGUGUGAGGCCUUGUGACAUCUCUCGCCAGCUCCGAGUCAGCCAUGGCUGUGUCAGCAAGAUCCUUGGCAGGUACUACGAGACUGGCAGCAUCCGGCCUGGAGUGAUAGGGGGCUCCAAGCCCAAGGUGGCCACCCCUAAGGUGGUGGAGAAGAUUGGUGACUACAAAAGGCAAAACCCCACGAUGUUUGCCUGGGAGAUCCGAGACCGUCUCCUUGCUGAAGGAGUCUGCGACAAUGACACAGUGCCCAGUGUCAGCUCCAUCAACAGAAUCAUUCGGACCAAAGUGCAGCAACCAUUCAACCUCCCCAUGGACAGCUGUGUGGCCACCAAGUCUCUGAGCCCAGGACACACACUGAUCCCAAGCUCAGCUGUAACACCCCCUGAGUCACCGCAGUCGGAUUCUCUUGGCUCCACCUAUUCCAUCAAUGGACUCCUGGGAAUUGCUCAGCCUGGCAGUGACAGCAAGAGGAAGAUGGAUGACAGUGACCAGGACAGCUGCCGGCUGAGCAUCGACUCUCAGAGCAGCAGCAGUGGGCCCCGAAAGCAUCUUCGCACGGACGCCUUCAGCCAGCAUCACCUCGAGCCACUUGAGUGCCCUUUUGAGCGACAGCACUACCCAGAGGCCUAUGCCUCCCCCAGCCACACCAAAGGCGAGCAGGGCCUCUACCCGCUGCCCUUGCUCAACAACACCCUGGACGAUGGGAAGGCCUCCCUGACCCCUUCCAAUACACCCUUGGGGCGCAACCUCUCGGCUCACCAGACCUACCCUGUGGUGGCAGAUCCUCAUUCACCCUUCGCCAUAAAGCAGGAAACCCCAGAGCUGUCCAGUUCUAGCUCCACCCCUUCCUCUUUAUCUAGCUCCGCCUUUUUGGAUCUGCAGCAAGUCGGCUCCGGGGGCCCAGCCGGUGCCUCGGUCCCGCCCUUCAAUGCCUUUCCCCAUGCUGCCUCCGUGUACGGGCAGUUCACGGGCCAGGCCCUCCUCUCAGGGCGAGAGAUGGUGGGGCCCACGCUGCCUGGAUAUCCACCCCACAUCCCCACCAGUGGACAGGGCAGCUAUGCCUCUUCUGCCAUCGCAGGCAUGGUGGCAGGAAGUGAAUACUCUGGCAACGCCUAUGGCCACACCCCCUACUCCUCCUACAGCGAAGCCUGGCGCUUCCCCAACUCCAGCUUGCUGAGUUCCCCAUAUUAUUACAGUUCCACAUCAAGGCCAAGCGCGCCACCCACCACUGCCACAGCCUUUGACCAUCUGUAGUUGCCAUGGGGACAGUGGGAGCCACUGGGCAACAGGAGGACUCGGGCUGGGACAGGCCCUGGAGAGUCAUACAAAGGAAUCUUUAUUUAUUACAUGAAAAAUAACCACAAUUCCAGCAUUGCGGCUCACUCACUCUGUGGUUAACUUAAUGAACCAUGAAAGACAGAAUGACCUUGGAGAAGGCCAGACUGUCCUCUAAGACUCCUUAAUGAGGGGCAGGAGUCUCAGGGAAAGAGAACCAGCCCAUUCCAAAAGAGACCCAAUUGAAGGAGUAACGUGCCCAGGCUGGUGCCCACCUAAGGAGAGAAGAUGGAGUACAAGGAGCUUGAGGGGGAUGUGUAUGUUGUCCUCCCUGGGCCAAGGGGUGUACAGGAGCCCUUGUGUGACUCUUUCAUCAACACAACUCCAACAAUUGUGGACAGUAAACAAGUCCUUCCAGCCUUCAAGUCACAGCCCGAGGCCAAGCCUUUCCCAAUCAGUCACACUGAGAGUCACCUCUUUCAACCUCCUGCCACCUUCUGCUCAGCUUGCUUGGCCUUUCCUGUACCUCCCUCCUAGGCAUGAGGGAGGGCUGGCCCAGUCAAUCAGAAACUCCACCAGGCUGUCAGCUGACCUUCCCUUUGCCUGCUGCUAUGAGCCUACAAGCACCACCCUAGUCUCUGCUCCACUGGGUCAUCCCUUUGGCAGCUGCUGUCAGCCAAACCAGUUCAAAGCAGCUGGAAAUGGAAUUUCCAAAGGGCCCAGGCCCCUGAGAGGUGCGGUGCAGCUCUGCCCAUGGCAGAACAAGGCAGAAUGGUGGGGACCACUUCCCCUUUCCAACAGCUCCUGCCAAGUCAAGUGUGCUUCCUACAACUCCAGCCCACAAAGCCACUGAAGAGACCUUGAGGCCGCCUUCUGAAGCCAGAAACAAGGUUCCUUCUCUGGCCCCUGCAAUUCCUGCCCCUGAAACCUGACUGUAAAUACUGUAAAUGAAGCUCUGUUUGGGUCAAGCUUCCUACUUUCCAUCCCCCAUAUUUUGGCCUCCA